AUGGUUGCUGCAUGUAUGAACAGUCGCACAGGCCGAUCCAUCGUCGAUGGCAAGUUGGAUGCUAUUAUUGUCAGCAAAGAGACUUUAAGUGGCGGACAUGCUGUAAAUAGGAAAAGAGCUGAGAAGGGUCUCCCAUUGCUCAAGGUUGAAGUAGUUGAUUUAAUAUCCGGAGAUACGGACGGUGAGAAGCUAAGCUCGACUACGUUGCGAAAGCUUGAGGCCCAGAGAUCCCAGCAGUUGAAUGCCCACGGUGAUGCAUAAAAAUGGUUACGAAAGGGAACGAAUCAAGCCUUGUAUCAAUUGUACACUUAUCCUAUACGAAUCUCCACGAAUUAUUUACACUUAUAAUCACGAGCAGAUGCCGUCGGUGGCUUCUGUGGCGUCAGAAGCUGUUAGGGGCAGCCCUCUACUUCUUCAAAGGCUAGAAUUGGGAAGGCCAGGGCAAGUUCUGAUCUUCGGCUUCUGAAUAUUUACAUGUUCAAUCUUGUAAACUGCCGUUUUUGUGUUCUCCCUCUCUUUCUGAGAGACACUCUUCUCAUCAAAAUGGUUCUUCUAUUUGUACUUUUUUUGUUUCUUGUUUCUCUCGACACUUACAUAACAACACCUGUUGUGAUUAAUUUAUACAUUGCAAAAUGUUUUUGGGGAAUGAAUUAUUAAAGGCUUGCGUUUUAAGUUAAAUUGUAAAGAUGCCCAACUAAACAAAAGAGCUCAGCUUCUGCGGAGGGAAA